GACGCGACUUCCUAGAAAACCACUUAAACUUAAAGAGCAUUCACGCUUUUUGCUGGUCUCAACUUCUUUGCUGCACUGCUCCGCCUUCUUUACAACAAUUUUCAACUUUGACCAUUUCUAAACACGGAUUCUCAUGUCCUGAAUCCUUUCUUUCUUCGCUCCCCAUAGACUCUGUCAUCACUAGACCAUUGUCAUGGCUAGCACAAUUUUACCUCAAAAGCGUCUCCUCGGCGAUGCUUCUAAUCGUCGCAAUUUCCCUUCUAGCCAGUCUAUGGUGAAGAAGCGUCGUGUAGAACCCCUUUCUUCCUCACCCGCGUCACGGUUGAACAGCUCUCAACAUGGCCCAGGUUCGAAACUAGCAUCGAGCCAACCGAAGAGCACUUUCGAAUCCGAAGUUCUCGAGAAGCUAAGCCAAGAUAUUUCCGAACUUAAGCAGACCAAUUCAGAGAAAGAUCAAGCAUGGGAACGCCCUCCCGUUGUUGACUUCGACCCUAGUCGAGAUAACCUAAUCUUCCAACAAAUAGACGCCGAAGAAGGUACUAUACGUGGUGGCAAAAAUGCCAUCAAACUCUUCGGAGUUACUGAAGACGGCCACUCCGUGCUAGUUCACGUCACCGAUUUCAAGCACUACCUCUAUGUCGCCGCCCCGGUGUCUUUCACACCUCAAGAUUGUGAACCAUUCAAAGCCUACCUCGAAACACAAAUGGCCCAACACCAACCCGUCAUAUACUCCUGCCAAGUCGUCCUACGAGAGAAUAUUUACGGCUUCCAGGGCAACACGCAAAGCCCCUAUAUCAAGAUCACCGUUACAGAUCCGAAGUUUAUACCUCGAGUACGUUCGGCCUUUGAGCAAAAUGAGGUCAAUUGGAAGUCAAUGUGGAAAGGAGUUGAAGGAGGCAUAAUGACAUUUGAUAAUUUCCCUUAUGUCUUGCGAUUCAUGGUCGAUUGCAAGAUCCCUGGUAUGUCGUGGGUGGAGGCGCCGGCCAAAUCCUAUCGUCUUCUAGCCGAGAACCAGAAACAAUCGAGUUGUCAAAUCGAAGCCGAAAUUAGCUACCGAGACUUAAUUUCCCACGAACCGAAAGGCGAAUGGUCCAAGAUGGCCCCUCUCCGAAUUCUAUCCUUCGAUAUCGAAUGUGCCGGACGAAAGGGCAUCUUCCCAGAAGCAAACCAAGAUCCGGUAAUCCAAAUCGCGAACGUCGUGACACGCUACGGAGAAAGCAAGCCAUUCGUUAGGAAUGUGUUCUGUCUAGAUAAGACGAGCCCGAUCGUAGCAACACAGAUAUUGGAUUUCGAGAGGGAAUCAGAUAUGCUUAUGUCUUGGAAGCGAUUCCUUGACAAAGUCGACCCUGAUUUAAUCACUGGUUACAACAUUGCCAACUUCGAUUUUCCCUAUUUACUCGAGCGGGCUGAACACUUGAAGCUCAGAGGCUUCGAGUACUGGACUCGUCUUCCUAGUACCAGGUCAUUUGCUAAGAAAUCCAACUUUUCCAGCAAACAGAUGGGUAAUCGAGACACAAAAACUACGAAUACCAACGGACGUUUGCAACUAGAUUUGCUUCAACUAAUCCAGCGGGACCAUCACCUACGAAGUUAUACCCUCAAUUCCGUGUGUGCCCACUUCCUAGGGGAACAGAAAGAAGAUGUCCACCACACAAUGAUCACCGAACUGUUCAACGGCACACCAGAAUCCAGACGUCGUCUAGCGAUAUACUGCUUGAAGGAUGCUUAUUUGCCCCAGAGAUUGAUGGACAAGCUCUCCUGUCUUGCGAAUUAUACAGAAAUGGCGAGAGUCACAGGUGUUCCUUUCAGUUUCCUACUCUCACGUGGACAGCAAAUCAAGUUUAUGAGUCAACUAUUCCGAAAGGCUUUAGAGCAAAAGCUCGUCAUUCCGAAUAUGAAAUCCGAGAGUUCGGAUGAUCAGUACGAAGGAGCCACAGUCAUUGAACCUACUCGUGGAUUCUAUGAUGUGCCCAUAGCAACCCUCGAUUUUGCAUCGCUAUACCCCAGUAUCAUGCAAGCGCAUAACCUUUGCUACACAACCCUCGUCAACAAGAGGGCAGUGGAGAAGUUUGGACUGAAGAAAGAUGAGGAUUAUAUCGUUACACCAAAUGGUGACAUGUUUGUUACUAUCAAGCAACGAAAAGGACUCCUCGCACAGAUUCUAGAAGAAUUACUUACAGCCAGAAAACAAGCGAAAAGAGAGUUGGCCGUUGAGACAGAUCCUUUCAAGAAAGCUGUGUUGAAUGGUCGUCAACUAGCGUUGAAAGUGAGCGCGAACAGUGUGUACGGUCUUACAGGUGCAACAACUGGUAAACUCCCCUGUUUGGAGAUUGCCAGUAGUACGACAAGUUAUGGUCGACAGAUGAUUGAAAAAACGAAGACGGAGGUCGAAAACAAAUAUAAUAUUGCUAAUGGCUACACUCAUGACGCCCAAGUCAUCUAUGGUGACACGGAUUCCGUCAUGGUUAAGUUCGGAACGAAGGACCUGAGCGAAGCGAUGAAACUUGGCGAAGAGGCUGCUAAUUACGUUUCUUCCAAAUUCACCAAACCCAUCAAAUUGGAAUUUGAAAAGGUCUAUUACCCGUACUUGUUAAUUAACAAGAAGAGAUAUGCUGGUCUCUUCUGGACGAGACCCGAGAAGUUCGACAAGAUGGACACCAAGGGUAUCGAGACGGUCCGACGAGAUAACUGUCUGCUAGUACAGACUGUCAUCGAGAAAGUUCUUAGGAUGAUCCUGAUCGAUCAGGAUGUCCAAGGAGCUCAAGACUAUGUCAAAGAUACAAUUGCGGAUCUAUUGCAGAAUAAAAUAGAUAUGUCCAAGCUUGUGAUCACGAAGGCCCUUACCAAAGAAAGUUACGACGCCAAGCAAGCCCAUGUUGAGCUUGCGCAGCGUAUGAAGAAACGAGACGCCGGUUCCGCCCCUGCAUUAGGUGAUCGAGUGGCGUACGUCAUGGUCAAAGGUGCAAGCGGAUCGAAGAACUUCGAGCGUUCCGAAGACCCCAUAUUCGUAUUAGAAAACAACGUCCCUAUCGACACACGAUAUUACCUGGAUAAUCAAUUGGCAAAGCCUUUAGGGCGUAUCUUCGAUCCUAUUUUAGGAGAAACCAAGUCGAAGUCGCUUCUCACGGGUGACCACACACGUGCCAUCUCGGUUGCAGCGCCAACUGUGGGUGGUCUCAUGAAAUUCGCGAAGAAGACUAUGACAUGCAUGGGCUGCAAAAAACCACUUGUGAGUAAGGAGGAGAGCGCUGGAGCUGUUUGUUCAGACUGUUCGCCACGAAUGGGCGAACUCUACAAGAAGACACUUGACAAGGUGUCGGAUCUUGAGGUCCGAUUUGGACGUUUAUGGACUCAAUGUCAACGAUGCCAAGGCAGCAUGCACUGCGAGGUCAUUUGCAGCAGUAAAGACUGUCCCAUCUUCUACAUGCGUAUGAAGGCCAAGAAGGAUGUCGAGGAUGCUAGCAAGGAGUUAAAGCGAUUCGAUUUCGACCAAUCUGCUAUAUGGUAAAAGCUAUAAUCAUGGCUUCCGCAAUUCCGAUGGGAGGCUGGGCGUUAUGAGGCAUGCAUGAAGGCUAAGGCGUCUUGGGUCGGGCUUGUAUUUCUUAGGGAAUGUAAAGUGUGUGUCAUAAUAUCAUCGUAGAGAAGCGGGAACGAUGGGAAGUUGAGGAUACCAUAGAAUUCAACGUUACUAUUCAAAAUAAACCAAUAGGCCGGUUUCACCCGUCGCGAAUUUUCACCAUCAGACUGAAUAUUCUAAUGCCCGCCCCCAAGGAAACAUUCCGGCUUGCUCCGGUUCCGGAACAUAUCGGUCUUAUGCCCCCUGGAAAAUGGCCGGGGAAAUUCCACUCUUCAUUACGCAAUACAUAUGCAUUGAAGAGC